GAUCCUUUGAGAAUUCGAAUAUUCCCGGUAUUGGACUGGCGCAUGCGUUCUAAAAUAUUCACGAGGUGAAGUGUGGGGCCUUUGCAAGACAUUCAAGUGUCAGACAAGAUCUUUUUCAACCCUUGACAAAUUCUAACUAUGCCAGCUGGAAAGAGGAAAUUAAAAACUGUCCCAAAAAGCAAUAAAGAUGAACCAGAAAUUGUCAAAAAAGCCAGAAGGGUUUCGCAUCCUUCCUAUGAAAGUCAGAAAAAUGGUUUGGUCCUGACUAUGGGUCAGGGUGAUGUUGGUCAGCUGGGGUUGGGUGAAGAUGUCAUGGAAAAAAAGAGACCUGCCAUAGUGACAGAUUUAGAAGGGAAAGAUAUUGUACAGAUUGCAUGUGGAGGAAUGCACACUGUUGCUCUUUCCAGUAAUUCAGAGUUGUUUACAUGGGGUUGCAAUGACGAAGGGGCUCUUGGCAGGACCACAUCAGGAGAAAAUGGAGAUGAAUACCAGCCUGCUGACAUCAAACUGCCAUCAUCAUCAAAAAUUGUCCAGACAUCUGCUGGUGACAGCCAUACAGCUGUUUUAUUAGAGGAUGGGACUGUUUUGGCUUGGGGCACUUUUAGGGAUUCCAAUGGUCCAAUUGGUCUCACUCCCAAUGGUCAAAGCAAAGAGCCUAUCAAGGUUUACCCUACCAAAGAAAGUGAUGACAGAGCUGUCAAAAUAACAUCAGGGAAUGACCAUGUUGUCAUUUUAACGGAAGGAGGAUCAAUCUUCACUUUUGGAAGUGGGGAGCAAGGCCAGUUAGGGAGAGUCAAGGAAUGUUUUUCUCAUCGUGGGGGUCGUAGAGGCAUCAGCAUGUUGCUUGCACCACAAAUUGUUCGCUUCAAGAAAAAGCAAAGGUUUACAGACAUCUUCACUGGUAGCUUUCAUACCUUUGCUGUAGCUGAGGAGGAAAACGAGGUUUAUGCCUGGGGGCUUAAUAACUGGGGACAGCUUGGUACUGGCGACAACUUUAACCAUUUUGCACCUACAAUGGUUGACUCGUUCUCGGAUAUCCGAAAGGAGCAAGGCAGUGCCAUAAGUUUUGCUGGCGGUCAGCACCACUCUCUAGUUCUGGAUGGCAAGGGUGUUGUCUACAGUGUGGGCCGAGCUGAGUAUGGCCGUUUAGGUCUUGGUGACGAUGCCAAGGAGACCUUAGAGCCAACCAAGGUUCAUGGUCUAGUGAACCUACAGAUCAAACAGAUUGCAUGCGGAGAAGCUUGCAGUUUUGCUGUGUCAUCUGGCGGCGACCUCUAUUCAUGGGGCCUUGGCAGUAAUCUGCAGUUAGGUAUUGGGGACGAAGAUGAUGUCCUUGUAGCAACACAGGUCAAGAGCAAAAACCUCGAUCCAAGUAAGCACGAGGUGAUAUCUGUGUCAUCGGGGGGACAGCACACUGCAAUGCUUGUCAAAGAACGACUGAAAGCCCCAAACGGCAAUGUGUAAUGGAAGUUUCAGACGUUAUUGUACGCUUAGAUCUUUUGACGCUUGUAGGCGAGACGGUAUCCCCGCAGAUUCAUUCGGCCAUGAGUGAAUUUGUUGACAGCAGUUGCUUUGUGCCAUGAAUUGGAGGUGCCCUGGUAGAUAUUGUGCUGUAGGAUGGUUAUUUCGAAAUUUUUUAAAGAUGUGUCAAAAGGAAUCACAUAUUUGCCGUGUCCAGUUUCGAAAAUUAGGGCUGUGUUCCACGAUCAUGUCGAGUGUUUUGGCAUGUAAUAUCAUUGAAUGUUUGGACAUGGACAAUAUCAUUAUAAAAAGCAUUGGUGCUGUGCCAGUUUUGUUAACCAGAGACAGAAGGAUAUUUGGAGGAAGUUGAAUAACAGCUUACUCUUGAUGAUUGAAAAUAAAAUAUAAGUGGUCAUAAAUGUUGCCUUUGUGAUGAAGGUCAAAUCCCUUCCAUUUACACAAUCCGACCCUAGUCUUCCGACCCUAGUCUUCCGACCCUAGUCUUCCGACCCUAGUCCUUGCUUCGAAUCUAGACUCUUUUAAUGUAACAAUUUUUACACCCAGUGCAAUUUUACGAUUAAAUUAUCGAGGGCAAUUUGCUGUAGAGAAUACCCCUGCCUGAGAUAUAUGAAGUUAAGGAAACGGGAUACGAACUCUCAUUUAUUAUAAGGUUAAUAUUUCUUAUGACAUCAUUACGAAAUAGAAACAAACCUGUUACAUUAUAUUGUUCGAAAUCGUCUAACUCUAGAUAUGAAUCUGUUUGCGAAUGUUACAAAGGGAAAUGAACCUUGGCCUGGUCUUUGCAGUAUGCAAUGCUAGCAACCAUAGAAAAUCCAGUUAAAGCUGACUCUCAAUGGGCUGUUGGCAUGGUAACGUUUUAGCUUGGGUCUUCAUCAUGUGACAACUCUGAUUACUGCUUUUAUCGCGGAUUAUUAUUAUCAUUAUUAGAAAUGGCUGUUUAUUUGUGUAAAAUGUAUUAUCAAGUUUUAUCCCCAAUAUCAUAUAUUAGAAAUCUAGAAAUGUCUCCAUUAAUCCAUUAAUUUGUAUGUAGCUUUUUUAAGAUUCUUAUUUCUUGUUAUUAGAUGCUUCCAAAUA